AAACUGUGACAUUGAAGGCACCGAUCCACCGAGCCGGGAUUUACCAGCUGCCGGCACUGGUGCGCAUGCGCGCUCUGGCAGACGACGGGCAGCCAUGGCGGAGCUCGGAGCCCAUCUGACAGCUGGGCUGGCGGCGAGCUCCGGCCGGCCCUCCAUCUUCGAGGUGGUGGCUCAGGACACGCUGAUGUCCGCCGUUAGGCCGGCGGUACAUCACUUGUGCAAGGUGCUUGUGGAAUCCAACCCGGCUCGUUAUGGGUUUCUAUGGCGAUGGUUUGAUGAAAUCUACACUCUGUUGGACUUCUUGCUUCAGCGUCACUAUUUGUCUCGAACUAGUGCUUCCUUCUCUGAAAACUUCUAUGGUAUGAAAAGAAUCCCAGUGGGCCGUGGAAUGUGCAGACUGGCAAGCCACGGGCUCCCAUGGGCCAAGCAUUGGAGGUCUCUGUUAAUGAUAAUCGCUGUUCCAUACAUAAAAGUCAAGCUAGACAGACUGUUUGCCAGACUAAGAGAGGAGGAUGACUAUGCCAUACACCUGCCAGAAUCUUCUUGGAAGCGCUUGUACAAGGCUUUCCUUACGGCCUAUCCCUUUGUGAACUUGGGCUGGGAGGGGUGGUUCCUCCUCUAUCGGCUCUUGUACAUCUUUGGAAAAACACAGUUUCACUCACCACUUCUGCGAGUGGCUGGUGUCCGCUUGGGAAACCUGACCCAUGCAGAUUUGCAGAGUUUUGAACAAAGGUCCUCUUCCAUGAGCAGAUCUCCCGCCAGUACAAGUGUGCUUGGAAAGCUGACCUCCUUCUUUGGUAAUGCACUGAGUGGUGCAGCUGUCUCCCUUUCAACUGGUGUAUCAGUGGGCAUCUUCUUCUUGCAGUUUCUUGAAUGGUGGUACUCGUCUGAAAACCAGGACACAAUUAAAUCCCUCUCCUCCCUCCCAACUCCUCCCCCACCAGUGCACUUUGAUAGGUUGACAAAUGAUGCUUUGCCUAAGCUGAAGAAUGUAUGUCCUUUAUGCAACAAGAUCCGGACUAAUGACACGGCUUUGGCAACCUCUGGGUAUGUCUACUGUUACCGAUGUGCUUACAACUAUGUAAAACGCCACCAGCGAUGUCCUGUAACAGGCUACCCUUCUGAACUGCAGCAUCUUGUUAAGCUGUACUCUCCAGAAGCAUGAAGGCAAGAGAUCCAUCCACCAAACCGAGGCUCACUGAAAAUGUACUCUUUAAAUGCACCCUGGUGGCUGUUUGACUCUGUGAAUUGUUAUCAACAAACAAUCUGCUGGAGGAGUUCAGCGGGUCAAGCAGCAUCUGUUGGGGGGGGGGGGGGAGAAGGAAUUGUCAAUGUUGCAGAUCGAAACCCUGAAUCAGGACAGGGUAAAUUGUUGUUUGACAGUGUAAUAUGCAAGUUUCUGCUGAAGUACAUGAGGCAAGUUUCAACUGUGCCAUUUUAAUUGUUAAUUACUUUUCCCAGCUUGUUCUGUUCUCCCUAAAGUUGCUGGCUUUUGUUAUUUCUUGCCCAAGUGAGCAUUCACUUAUGAGCAUGGACAAUAUAUUUAUCCCCAGUGUCGAUUGCACUAAUGCCCCACCUAUAUGCAAGUUUUUCAGCAAGUUACAGAUGAUUAUAGUUGUACAGCAUGGAAACAGGUCCUUCAGUCUACUGAGUCAGUGCCAACCAUAGCUGCCCAUUUUACACUAGUCUCAUUUUAUUUCCCCCACAUUCCCAUCAACUCCUUGCAGAUUCGGGACUAUUUACAGUGGCCAAUUAACAAAAAAAACCCGCACAUCUUUGGAAUGUGGGAGGAAAACAGCACCAGGAGGAAGCCCAUGUGGUUAUAGAGAGUGGCUCACUGGAGCUGUGAGGCCACAGCUUUACUAGCUCAUGAUCAUUAGACCUGGCUGCAGAUACCAGUUGCAGAAGCCCCUUUACCAUCCUAGCUGAGACUAGCUAAAGCAGCUGGGGCUAGGUAUCAGACCUGAGCUCUGAUCUGUUUGGCAGCAGAUCUAGACGCAGAACAUAGAGGAGCAGUGGUGAUGGGAUGGGGUGCGGGGGCUGGUCGAAGAUGGGGUAAUUAAUUUCAUCUUGUGGCCACUUAAAGGGAUAAAACUUAGCACAAUGACAGGAGAAAAUUAGAAACAUUUGUCACAGUUCUUGAUAUGCAUACUACAACACUCUGAAUGUUAUAAUGAAUGAUUUAAAAUUUAAUCAGGAGGAUAAGGGAACAUACCAGUUGGCCAAAAAGUCAAAUGUUUAUAUAUGUAUAUACUGCUCAAAAUUUACAUGGCAGAAAGUGCUCUUUAAAAGUGUAAGAUUUUGCUUCACCUGGAUUAAACCAAGCUUUAGUUACCUUCCAUAAUAUGAGCACAGUACUACCUCAUUUUGGAGGAUUGCCUUCCCAGAAACCACUUCGUUAUAAAAAAUUUCAUUUUGGGAACAAUUAUACAAUAAUAUAUUGGGAUAUUUGCAAUCUAGUGGUAUGUUUAAUAAUAUUUUGCAAAAUUGUAUAUGAUUUUAAAAAUUCUAAUAAAAUAAGCUGAAAAAAUAUGAUUAAUAAAUAAACCAGUAAUGUGAAAAUAAAAUAAAACUACUCGUG